UUUCUCUUUCUCCACUCCCUCCGUCCCUCCCCCCUUCUUCUUGCUGGGUGCCAGAGCUCCAGUGUGAGCGAGCUCCAGUUCCAGCUGGCCUCCCCAUUGCGCUGCUCGUAUGGCGGACUCUCCACUUAACAACUCCUGGCCCUCCUUCUCCAAACUCUGGAUGAAGAGAUGGUCCUUCAAGAGAGCAUCAGAGUGCAAGCCAUGUCAGUCCUGUGGGCCUCCCAGUGCCCAGAUUUGUGUCCAGCCUCAUACUCACAGUGUGACAGGAUCUUCCUCUUCACUAUCCCCUGCCUCAGUCACUGAGGAUGUCUUCUUUGGUAGUACCAAUAAGGACCAGGAUGCGUGUUCAGUAGUCAGUGACUACGACUGCCCCUGUGCGGAGGUGAGCAACAGUGUGGAAGACCUACUGAGCUUCAGCUCUUCUCUCAGAGAGUCUGAGUACUUUAAAGACCUGCAGGGAGAGACAGCAUCUUCCACAGAAACCACAGUCCCAGAGAGCAAAACCCUAAAUGUUGGCUUACAGGUGUCCCUAAACACACACAGUCUUGCCAUCAACCAGCCUGCACAGACUUCAUUGAGCACACUCUGCCCUCAGGACAAUGCACUCGUUUCCCCCUAUUAUAUACAGCCGGCAAAAGAACUUCAUAAAAACUUUAUGGUCACUCAGCUAAGUCCGAAGUUAUUGCCAGGUUGUACUAUUGAUCGCGGUGACUCCUCAAGCCCUGCAGCAGGACUUAGCUUGACAAUUAAUCUGAAUGGACUGUUGGGGUCAAUGGAAACAGCAAAAGGAAUAACUGGACCAGAAGAAGUAAAGGAGCAAUCCACUAUGGAUUUUGAUGGCGAGUCAGACCUGGACAGCGUUCCCAUAUUAGUUAGAUCCAUGUCAACGUCUCGGAGGCACAGCUGGGGUGUCCCUGUGUCCCCCAUCAACCUGGGCAGGAGACUGAGUCUGGAUGCCAUGGCCAUGGACAGCGAUGGAGAGGGAGAGGAUGAUGAGGAAGGACAAAAAUGUCUCUUCCAGUCGACCCAGCAGACCUACAGCUGCACAGCAUGUCCUGGAGAGAAGACAGAUGACUCCAGGCUGAGGCUCCCCUGUCCAAGAGCCAGGGUCACUAGCAUGGCUAGUGGUGGCAGGCAUCUGUACUCCCGCUCAGAGAUCCUCGCCACCGACGAAUGUUCCCGUGCUGCACACAUUUCUCGUGUUGUGCAGACAUCCAAACAGGCCGCAAGGGCAGCGGGAGCAGAGGAGUUUGACCCUGAAGAAAACUUACAUUCUACUGAAGGACAUAUGCUGAUGGUACAGAAAGUUCUGCAGGAGCUAAAGCUGUACCAUGGAGCGAAGCAGAGGAACAACAGACCAGACACCAAAGUUUCAGGAAAUGUCACUUGGUACGAGUUCCUCAAUGAUGAAAAUGAUGAAGAGGAGGAUCGUACAGAGAAGGUGGAGAAAGGCACCAAGGUGAAGAGGACUCUAAGCUCUCUAAGGAACAGGGUGACCGGCUCCUUCAAUAAAGAUAAGGGUAAGAACCGAGAAAAAGAGCAGCAGAAAGAGAAGGGGAAGGAGAAGGAGCGGGAGGCAAAAGAGAGAGUGUGUGACAGCAGCAGAAGCAACAGUCAUUAUUUGACGCCAUGCGCUUUCUCCAGCUGUGCCACCUGCUCACUGUGCGGCAAGACCCUGCAGAGAAAGCAUGGCCUGCAGUGCAUGAAUUGUGCUGUGAACGUUCACAAGAGCUGCAAGUCUCUGCUGGGUGAGUGCACCAGCAGCAGGAAUAAGAGAGAUUUUCCAUUGAGGACUGGCUCUUCAGGAUCUCCUAAUUUUGCCCUUAAAGACCGGGACAGAGAGCGAGAGCAUACUGGCCCAGCCUCAUCACAGGCCCUGGAUGGCCACCCAGGUUUACACAGCACCCCAGGCAUGACCAUAAGUCCGUGGGGACCUAGCACUCAGUACACCAGCUCCACCACAGCCUCCAGCCUUGGCCACAGCCUCCGUCACCGCAACAGCUUAGGAUCCCUCCCUGGGGAGAUGGAUGAGACCGAUGCUCUCCGCUCCAAACGCUGCAACGAAGACGCCAUUUCCCUUGCUCCCUCCACUGCCGAGUCCAUCAUCGUCGAAGAUGCUCACUAUGCAGCAGUGCGGGCUGAUCUGGAGUCUGAUGCCCAGGACCUGGAGGCAGAGUCUUGGAGUUUGGCAGUUGACCAGCAGUUUGUCAAGAAGCACUCUAAAGAAAUGGUGAAGAGACAGGAUGUGAUAUAUGAGCUGAUGCAGACGGAGAUGCAUCAUGUGCGAACACUGAAGAUAAUGCUGCGUGUGUACGUCCAUGAGUUGAAGGAGAACCUCCAGAUGGACUCAGGCAAGCUGGACUGCCUGUUCCCCCGCUUGGAAAAUCUUCUCGAGCUUCACACACAUUUACUGUCUCGUCUCAAAGAGCGACAGCGAGAAAACCUUGUUACGCCCAACGACAGGAACUACGCAAUCAACAGAUUGUCAGACAUUCUGAUCACGCAGUUCUCAGGUGAAAUAGGAGAGAGGAUGAAGGACAGCUACGGAGAUUUCUGCAGUCACCACACGGAGGCUGUCAGCUACUACAAAGAACAGCUGCAAAACAACAAAAAGUUCCAAAACAUCAUACGGAGAAUCAACAACCUUUCCAUUGUGCGGAGGUUAGGAGUAACUGAAUGUAUUCUGUUGGUGACGCAGCGCAUUACCAAGUACCCAGUACUAGUGGAGCGCAUUUUGCAAAACACUGAAGCGGGUUCAGAGGAGCAUGAGGAUCUGUCUCGGGCACUGGGUCUCAUUAAAGACACCAUCGUUCAGGUUGACACGCUCGUUAAUCUCCAUGAAAAGAACUCUCGACUCCGGGAAAUACACAACAAGAUGGAGCCAAAGGCACUGGGAAAAAUCAAAGAUGGCAGAGUGUUUCGCAGGGAGGACCUUGUGCAGGGCAGGAGACGACUGCUGCAUGAGGGCACAGUCAACUGGAAAGCUGCUUCUGGCAGGCUCAAAGAUAUUCUUGCAGUGCUCCUCUCAGAUGUGUUGCUCUUGUUACAAGAGAAGGAUCAGCGAUAUGUGUUUGCUACAGUGGAUAACAAGCCGUCAGUGAUCUCUCUUCAGAAGCUGAUUGUCAGAGAAGUGGCCCAUGAGGAGAAAGCCAUGUUUCUUAUUUGUGCCUCGUCCAAUGAGCCAGAGAUGUACGAGAUCCACACCAACUCCAAGGAGGAGCGAAACACUUGGAUGGCACACAUACGGCAAACUGUUGAGAGUUGUCCUCAUACAGAAGAGAGACUGUUCAGUGAGGAGGAAGAGGCCCGGGCUUUCAGGCUCAAAGAAUUUCAAGAACGGCUGAGCCAGAAGGAUGCAGUGAUCAUCCAGGCUCUCACUGAGAAGCUGCAGCUGUUUGCGGACAUGGCAGAGUCUGUGGCAGGUCUAGAGGACACAGCUUCACGUUCCAGACUUCUGCUUCGAGGAGACGCCUCAGACCUCCAGCAGGGGGAGGCCCUCCUUAAAGGAGCUAUCACUGAGGUGGAGAACCUGCAGAACCUUCUGCAGUCGGGAGUGAGGGACGAGGCUCCAACCUCACGGCUGGAGGAAGGGAACGGCUCUGGGGUUCUGCCCAGGCGAGCAGAUACCUUUGGGGGCUAUGACAGCAGCCCCAACAUCCUCAGUAAGAAUGGCAGUGUGAAGAAGAACUUUUCUGGCGAGUGUAGAAACCGAGACAGAAGCCAGAGAGCCAGCUCUGACCCUCAGCUCAAAGACCUUUGUGGCAGCCACACCCUGGAGCAGACGGUUGAUGAGAGCUGCUGCUCUCCCGCCAGAUGGAACAGCAUCUGGUCCAACUCCUUCCCCGAGGCUGAGUUCUUUGACAGAGUGCUGAUGCUCUCCCAAAGGCUCUAUAGCCUACAGGCCAUCAUAUCACAGCAGGACAGUCACAUUGAGCUGCAGCGGGCCUCGUUGACAGAGCGGGCCUCCCUGCCCGGCCGCCACAGAGGGAAUGUGCUCUUGGAGCAGGAGAAACAGCGGACUCUGGCCCUGCAGAGAGAAGAGCUGGCCAACUUCCACAAGCUGCAGUCUCAGCACCGGCAGGAGCAGCAGCGCUGGGAGAAGGAGAGGGAGAGGCACCGGCAUCAAGUCGAGGCCACUGAAGCCAGGCUCCGACAAAGGGAGGAGGAGUGUAGACGGCUGGAGAGUCAUUUGACAGAAGAGAGGAAGGAGCUGGAGAGUCAGAGGGAGACGUACCAGCAGGACCUGGAGAGGCUAAGAGAGUCCACCAGAGCUGUGGAGAAAGAAAAGGAACGCCUGGAGCAUCAAAAGAAGAUCAAGAGGAAAACUAUUGAGGUGGCUCCUCUGUCUGGCAGUCUGAAUGGGGAGCUCCUGAUGUCCUCUGGCCUCAACACCUCCCCCAGUGUCUCGGACCUGCCCCUCCCUCAGAAGCCCCUGGUGCGCGCCAGCCUGUCUGUUGCACCAGCCGACUAUCAAGAGCGCCCUGAAGUGAUGUUGCGGCGGGAGGCGAGCUCUUCCACCCUGCCGCUGAAGACGGAGGUGCCCCUUCAUCUCUUUAGCACCACCAACCAGCAGCACAAACUAGUGGGGGUGCAGCAGCAGAUCCCCACAAAGCUGGCCGCCUUUAGCAGCGGCAAAGGGAAAGGAGGCAAGAUUGGCAAAGCUUCACAUCGCACUGACAGCACUGCCUCGGUGGAUAUGAAACAGAUGCUGCCGCUGAAGCUGUCUGCCCGAGACGACAACCCCCUCAAGGCCAAGCGUUCCAUCAGCCCCCACCAGCAGCUCCCGCUGUCAGCCCCUCCUCAUUCUCUUCCCCUGCAUCACCAUGCAGAUCAACUCAGUCCUCCAGACAGUGCUGGGCCAGACACCCAGCCCACCUCCACUAUCAGCAUCUCCCACCCCAAGGCCCCCAUGCCUCCUGCACAGUCCCAUCCUCAGCCCUCCAUCCAGCCUCCAACUAUCCCUCCCCACUCACAGAGCACCGGCUCCCUCCAGUUCCAGCCCCAUCUGCAGCCGCAGGGCCUCAGUCCGGACGCCCAGGCCCACGUCCAGUUAAAUGUUCACGGGCUCACCCACAGCCACAACAUGCCGCCACCUUACAAGAUUGCCACAGAAGACCUUAAUAAGGAGGACGUCAUCUUCUUCUAAAGUCCAUUUUGGUGCCCCCAGAUCAACCACUGUUUGCAACAACAACAAAAGAAGACAAGAAUUAUGUGAGGGUUGGUGGUCCCAAAUCAACCAUAUGUCCCAUUCCAAGGAGCCACUGGCAUGCGAUGAUGUGUUAUUGAGGAUCAAUAAGGAAAGAUGGUACAACAAUCCGUAACAGAGGGCAGAGCCUUUGUCAGCACUUCAGUAGCUCAUGAAGACAAAACAUUUUAUUCAAGAAAGAUGACCUUUCUAUUUUAACACUGCUACGCCAUCUUUGUUUUUAAGAUGCCACCGUUUCUUUUUAUUUAAUUUUUAGUUUCUCAACUCAAGAGGACGUCAAUUAUGAGGAGACCUUUGGCAAAGCAACAGCUUCUUGUGACAUGUAUCAAAAGGUUAAAAUGAAGUCAAACUAAUCCAAAGACGUUAGCCGCAAGAGCUGAAGGGGAUUUCACAAUGUAAAAAGAAAACCAGUCAGUCAGGCUGGUUAGUGAAGCAUGAAGAAGUGAAAGGUGCUGUGAUGGCGCACUGGCCUAAAGCGUCUGCUUCUACUGGACCUAGAACCACAAGAAACGAUUUAACAGGAACCUGAAAUUAUCCAACUCUUAAUACAGGAACACUUUCAUUUGCACAGUGUAAAUACUCAAUUUUAGACUAAUGAAUGAACUUUUACGGACUAAAUGUGAGUUGUUUGGGUGUACAGUUGUCAAAAUUGUGAAGGUUCCUUUUUCAUUUCAUUUUGUUGUUGUUCUUAACCAUGCUUAUUACAGAAGGCUGAACUGUUUUUUUCAUGCUGUUGUGUAAUGAUGCUUCAUUUCAAUUAAGGGAGAGUUCAGCUUGUAGCAAAUUCUACUGUUUCCAAAUCGUGCAGAGUGAGACAAACUCAGGGAUGCCUUUAUUAUGUCUGCACAGUUUGAUGUUAUGUGAGAUUGGUCUAUUUUAGUCUUUUAUUGCAUUUCUUAGCUGUAGCUCUUCUGAAAAGUGAGUUUUACAAUUAACUCAUGUAGCAAGUGGGUUAGCUGAUUGAUGAAAGCUCACUUCUUUAAUACAGACAUUUGUACAUUUUAUGUUUUUUAAUUAGCUUUCAAAUUUAUAUAUUUCCCAAACUUUUGGCAGAGCUGCUGUUGACCCCCUAGACAUCCAGGAAACUCGAUGUUGCAUCAUUCAGAAUACUGUACCCUGUAGACAUCAAAAAGGCCUUACUGAGUUUGUUACAUUGCACAAAAAUUAUCCCUUUUAAGAGAAACAUCUUUGAAAAACACAUCUGUUGCGAUGUUAGUGGAACCAGAGUUUACUGAACAAUUCAUGACAUUUUAUGUUGCAUGUUUUAAGGGCAAAAUUAACGUUUUAACUGCUUUGGCAGAGAACAGAGAAAAUUUGGGGUUAUAGGCUCCAUCAUAUUAAUAGAAAAUGUAACUUUAUGAUUUUGCACUAGUUGAUCCAGUAGAAUGGGGUGGGGGCUCUGUUAUUCCCAAACGUAAACCGCUAAGAUUAACUGAUAAGUCAAUAAUGACAGAAAGCCUAAAUGUGCAUACUGGAGCACAGUAUUAACACUGUUUUAUAUCUCUCAGUCUUAUAUAUUCUGAAGUGGCUUUAUUCAUAUGGUGCAUCAUGUUCCUAAUUCACAUUCGUCCUCAUAUACACUGAAACAUGCAAUAAGACUUGCAGGACACGUGGCCAGAAAAUUGAGUCAAUGUAAAGUUUAUGCCUUCAGUCCAAGUCAAAAACAAUUUAAGGUUUGUGUGAUUGACAAGAUAUGUUUUUGAAAGCUGUGCCUGACAGAAAAGCAGUACUGUGAUCGGGUGCAGGGGUUUGGCAGCAAAAACAACUUUCAGCUAAAAUUUCAGGCUUUACCUUAAUUCACAGACAAAAUAUGGAGAUGUGGAUCCCUGAUGGAGAUCCCUGUGUGUCUGUGUGUGUGUGUAUGUAUAUGUAUAUAUAUAUAUAUAUAUAUAUAUAUACAAAUAUGUGACAACCCUUUAUAUUAUGAAGUAGUGGACAUAUGAUUGUCCUUUGUGUCUCUGGAGGGAAAAGAUGUUUGAAGAGCUUUUUUGUCCUAGUCCAAGUAAGCUUGUCUCUGAGCUAGCUACAGUUUGAGCAGGUUUGUCUUGAGUCUUUAUGUAUAUUAUGUAUAUUGUUGUACAUACUGUAUGUGUUAUCUUCUGCACCGGCUGCCCUCUUAUACAUUCUUGUAUUAGAAACAGAGAUAUUUGAUGUACAUUGAGAUACAAAAGUCAGCCAAAUGUACGUUUGUGCAUAUGUGAACAUGUACUUAAAAGACACACAUACUGUGUGUGUGUACAAUACGGUACGCCUUGCUUGGAUAGACUCGUGGCAGUUUGAUUAAACCACAAUUGGUCAUUGCUGUUGUUUUAAAUGAACUGAAAAUGAAGGUGUGCAUAUUUAAUCUCCUGAUGUAUGUUGAUGUUGUAGCAUUGAAGUUGAGGUCUUUCUCCUGCAAUUCACGCGUGAUGUUUUGGCAAGAUUAUGUAGCAGUUGUAAAAACAAAAUCAUCUGCUUGUUUCAGUUGGUUAAACCAAAGACACAUUCGGCUAACUGAGUUCCUGUCUGUGCUCUUGUAUGAAGGAUAAACGACACUGUGCUCGUUGUGUGGUCGUCCACAAAGUCUUACUACUCAUAAAAGCAUGUGUUUACAGCACAUUGCUGUCCAACUCAUAUCCUGCUUCAGGUCUCAUUUUGGGGUUUUCUGUUUGUUUUUCAUCCUCAUGUCCAGAUCACAAAUAUCUCUUUAUACACAUAUAAUUACCUUAAAAGCAGAGUACACAAACAAUAAAUCAAAUGGGGUGUUGAAGUUUGUCAGUAUUCUGAUUUAUAGUGUCACAUCCUAACUAUAGCAUCUGCUGUUUUCAUUAUCAGGAUAUGAGCUCAUCUGAUACAGUUGUAGAAGAUAUUGCAUUUAUAUACACCAUUUCUUAAACACCACAACAAUGUGAUAUCAAUAUGCCUGUGAACAUACUUGGUAUAAAUACACCAACCAAUAAAAACGUAAAUAUUUUUUCUGACUGACAAAACAAUCCUAACUUAAGGUCCACUCACAAGCUUUUUUUUGUCCAGAGCUUUCAAUCCAUAUCACACUGUCUUCAUCAGUUUAGUUGAGCUAAAUGCUUGACUUACAGGCCAACACGGACGAGAAGAUAGUGGAGCUUGAAUUUGGAUUGUUUUGUUAGACUAAUUUCUCAAGAAUAAAAAGGACCUUUCAUGCUUGACUUUCAAGACAUUCCCAUUUCAGUACAUAUCCUUUGUUUUCAAGUGUCUCCUGUAAUUCGGUGUAAGAGUACUUCGGUUCUGCUCCAUGUAGCCUACUUGACUUUUAGUGAACCUCAACAGAAGAGGUGGAUGCUGCCUUGUUGCUGCCACUGUUUGGAUCAUUUCAAGUUUUAAAUGUUCUUUUGCUGUUCUGAAAUGCUUAACCUCUUUCAUCAGUUUUAAAGUCAGUUUGUGUGUGUGUGUGUGUGUCACCAAAAAUGGAAACAUUUCUAACAGACUUGGUUCCAGUGUAUUUUUCUUUAUACACUCACUUAUCCAGCAUAUUGGACCUGUAAUGUGUAAAUAAUCAUGAACAUAUUUUAUUACCUUGGCCAAUUUUACACUAGUCACUUUGGAUAGUAGCAUACUUGAAGGGGAAAAUGAAUGUUUAUAAUACUUAUUAUUAUUGUCUGUGAACUUUUAUUUACCAAGAGCUAUCUAAUGAUGUGUGUAGCACACAGCAAAACUGAUUUUUGUACCGUUUUAUUUUAUUCACUGCAAGACGUUAGGUUAGAAUGACCUGUGGACACAAACCGCUGCAUUAGAGAGGGAUUAGUAAUAAAUGAAUGAAAUGA